AUGAAGUUCGCUUGUCCUUAAAAAAGUCAUGCAAUUCAAUUUGAAUCAGCAUGGGAUUAUCUUAAUCAUCUUUAGAAAUGUCAUAUAAUAAAUGAUAGGAUUAAGGAAUGUGGUGAGACUAGAAAGUAAUAUAUUGAAUAUAUUUGAAGUGAAUAUUAUUUUUGUGCUUCAUGUUUAUAAGUUUUUGAACUAAUAACAGAGAGAGAUAUGCAUUAACACCUCUGCAAAGUGGAUAAUUUUAAAUAGUUGUUCAAAGAUGUGAACGUAAAUUUUAGUUCAUUUAUAGAAACCAAUUCCUUUAGGAAAGUCUGGGACUAGAAAAAUUUAAGAAUUAAUUAGAUUCUACAAAGAUAUCAUUCAUCCUAAACAAAGAAAUACAUUGGAUUCUGAAUAAACUGAAAAAGAUGAUUUUCAAUAAGAAAUUAUUAAGCCUUCUGAUCCUAGACAAUUUAUUCCUAAAUUAAUUGAUAACAACAUCAAUUAAAAGACUGUUAGCAAGAAUUCAAGGUUAACUUUUAGUUUAUUAGGUGGCCAUACUAAAAUGGAGGCUGCAUAUUAUAAAUUAUUUAAUAAAUCACUCAUAGAAUAAAUUAAUAAAGAAUAUCCUUUUAAGAUAACACCAGAAAGUUUAAAGUAAUUCUUCUAAAAAAAUAAUCUUACUAUAAAUAAAUAAUUAUUAGAUGAAGCCAAAGUUUGUGAAUUUUGUGAAUCUAAAAUAGAUUUACAUCCUGAAAUGUACCUAUAAAUAAUUUAGACUAAUAAUUCUAAAUCAAUUUGGUUGAUGAUUCCUGAAAUACAUAAUCCUGUCAAAGAUUUUAUAUUUGAUGAACCUUGGUGUGUUUUUAAAAUUAUUACAAAAUAGAUCAUUUCUGAAAAAUCAAUUGAUAUUAUUAAAAUUAAAAAAUAGGAUCCUAUCAUUACCUAAUUACAAAAUUAAAUUUUAUAGGAAGAAUAAAAAGGACAACGUUUAAAAUAAUAGCUAUAAAAUAGUAUUGAUGAUCUUGAUUCUAUCUUUAAAUACAUAAAUAAAAAAAAUUAAAAAUUAGAUGAAUAAGAAAAUUUAUUAGUAAAAUUGUAAAUCAAAUUAAGAGAAAAUGAUUAAAACAACUAAAAUUUAGUUAAUCAAUAUUUAACACUCAACAGUAAAAAGUUAGAAACAGCAGAAAAUAAUUUAAUUGGAUUUUAUUCAAAAAUGAAAAAUAUGGAAUCUGAAAAAUAAAAACUUAAAUUAAAUGAUCUCAAAAUUGAUUUGUUUGAUAAAUAAUAGAAAUAAAAUAAAUUAAAAGAAAAAGUCAAAACACUCUUUGAAGAAAAAGAAAAUUUAAUCUAAUUUUGUAAUGAGAAAAAAAAUAAAAUUUAAAUUACCUAAAAAGAAUUAGAUGAUAAAAUUGCAAAAGCCUCUAUAACAAGAAAAAAAGUAUAUUAUAUAUAAUACUUCAAAAUAGAUUUAAAAGAUUAAAUAAUUGCUUUGUUUUUAAUGUUAAAUAAGAGAGAGAAAUGUGAUUUAGUUCCCUUGUUAACAUUUUUUAUUUUGUGAACAGUGUUAUCUUAAUAACAUUUAAUAAAAGAAUUUUAAAUGUCCAUUAAAAGAGCAAGAAAAGUGUUCAGCUGAAAAUUUCAACAGUAAAUACAAACUCGUUAAAAUAUAAAACAUAUGA